UAUCCUGAGUGGGUGGAGCACAUCAGCAGCACAGAAAAAGACCUCAGCAGUGAUUACACCAUGCCCUGCAUUGCCAGUGGCAAACCUAAACCACAUAUCCGCUGGCUGAAAAAUGGAGAACUGACUGACAGGAAAGAAAUGAAGUUCAGCAGAUUGAUGUUUGAAGAUUCAGGGAUGUAUCAGUGCAUCGCGGAGAAUCGCCACGGAGUCAUAUACGCCAAUGCGGAGCUGCGUGUGUUCGCCUGUGCUCCCACAUUCAAACACAACCCAGUGAAGAGAGUCCUGGCUGCGAGAAACGGCCGGGUGGUGAUUCAAUGUCGACCCAAAGCGGCUCCAAAGCCGAGCUUCUACUGGAGCAAAGACACCGAGCUGCUUCAUAACUCUACCAGGGUGUUCAUCUGGGAUGAUGGGAGUCUGGAGAUCCUUAACGUGACCCAAGCAGAUGAAGGAAAGUACACCUGCUUUGCGGAGAAUGACAGAGGGAAGGCCAACAGCACGGGCACUCUGCUGGUUACAGAGUCCACAAAGAUCACCUUG